AUGACGUUAUCUAAAAAAUUGACAGUGAGAAUGCUUAGGGAAGAAUUACAGCUACUCCAGGAGCUUGGAUCAUAUGUUGGUGAAGUUGUCAAAGUAAUGGGGAAGAAUAAGGUUUUAGUUAAGGUUCAUCCUGAACGGAAAUAUGUUGUUGACAUUGAUAAAAAUAUCGAUAUCACCAAGAUAACUCCAUCAACAAGAGUUGCUCUCCGUAAUGACAGUUAUGUGCUUCAUUUAAUCUUGCCAACCAAAGUUGAUCCAUUGGUCAACCUCAUGAAAGUUGAAAAGGUUCCAGAUUCCACAUAUGACAUGAUUGGCGGUCUUGACCAGCAAUUAAAGAGAUAA